AUGCUUGAAAAUAUGUUGGGGAAGAAAUGCUUGCUUUUAUUUCAAGGAUAUUUUGUUCCAAAAAUGUUAUCGCAGAAAGCAGAAUGUCGUCUAAUGAAGGAGAAAAAUUUGUUCCAACCGCUGCUGUUUUUCAUGAAUAAAUUAAGCAGCAAUGAUGAUAAAGACAGUUUCCAUUUACAUUGUGUCAGCAGCAUUUCCAACAUACGAGAAUCAAAAUUCAAGACAAGUUCGAAAGUUUUAAAACCAAAUGGAUUUCCUAAAAAGUUUCACAUUCUCAUGACAACAUCCUUAAAUAAAAUUCAAAGUGAUAUUAAUUGA